AGUCGGCGUGUCAGUGCUGCUGCCUUGCCUUAACGACGAGGAUGAGCCACUCCAUGGAUUAUGGCCGGAGAUCUCUCCACGGAAGAGUGAAAGGAGACUCCGUGCAAUUUCAGUCUAAACGUCAGCCUCUUUUUGCUUCGGAACUAACGUCUUUCAAAAGUCCGACCAGCUUUGUGUCCGCUCCCCUGACGAAGAGUAACACGAUGAUUAACCAAACAUUCAAAACUCCAGUAGUAUGGCAAUCGUCUGAAGUCCAAGGAAGACACGUCUUAAGAGAAGUUGAACACAAGCGCGUCAGCGAGAAGGAGCUUCUACAGGGGCUCAAUGACCGCUUUGCCGGCUUUAUCGACAAAGUCCAUCGGCUGGAAAGCCAGAACAAAAUACUAGAAAGCGAACUUACCGAACUUCGCCAGAAACAGAUCUCUCGCUCGUCACUUUCAGAAGUGUAUGACCCUGAGAUCAAAGAGCUAAGAGAACAAAUUCGGCAGGUAAGCUUUCAGAAAAACAGGAUUGACCUGGAGCGUUACCACCUGGAAGAAGAUUUCACUACUUUAAGGGAAAAGUGCGAAAAUGAAGCUCGUAUUCGGUCAGAUAUCGAAGCCACCAUUACGACUUUAAAGAAAGAUAUUGAAGAUGCGUACCUUUUAAAAAUGGAGCUGGAACAGAAAGCUCGGUCUCUCGCUGAUGAAAUUGUCUUCUUAAAGAAAGAUCACGGCGAAGAAGUUUCAGAAAUGAUGAUCCAAAUUCGACAAGCUGAGCUCGCAGUCGAGGUGAAAGACCCUGUGAAGCUGGACAUCGCUUCGGCUUUGAGGGAAAUAAGAAAACAGCUUGAAGGUCAAACAAGUACAUCCAUGAAACAUGAUGAAUGCUUCAAGACCAGGAUGGCCAAACUGACCAAGGCGGCCGAAAUUAACAGCAAAGCCCUUAAAGAUACAAAACAAGAAAUCCACGAACACCAUCGGCAGCUACAGUCUAAAAGCACGGAACUGGAAACUAUUAAAGGCACCAAAGAGGGUCUGGAGAGGCAACUCAUCAGCCUGGAAGAGAGACACGAUGCGGAAAUCACGCAAUAUCAGCAUACUAUCCAGCAGCUAGAACAUGAGCUGAAACACACCAAAUGUGAGCUGUCUGGGUACCUGAGGGAAUACCAGGACCUCCUGAAUGUCAAGAUGGCUCUAGAUGUCGAAAUUGCCUCCUACAGGAAACUUUUGGAAGGAGAAGAAACACGGUUUUCCUUGGUGGCUGGAGCCCAAAUUUCAAUGCCCCAUGUGUAUCGACAGUCCCCUAUAUAUACUCUUCCACGUGUCACAAAGAAGGCAUCUUAUAGACAGGAGCCUCAGUACAAGUUUGUUGAAGAAAUCAUUACGGAAACAACCAAAGAGGUUGAGAUGACAGAAAUCGAAGAUCUACAGGAACAAUUAAUCAGCACAAAAGAGGAAUCCAAGGAAAAGGACACCUCAGAAGAAGCUUCAGUUACAGAAGCUGCCACAAUGCUGACAAGCACUUUACCUGACACCCUGUGUAUGGGAGAAGAAACAGUUCAAGACUCUGUGAAAUCUGAAGUGACAUCAGGAGGUGGAGAGGAUGAAGCAGAGGCAGAGGCUUCUAACGACGAACUCCGAGAUGUUAAGGCAAUUCAGGAAAAAAGCCAAAUAAGCACCUCAGAAGAGGUGGAGGAAUGUUUAAAAAACACUCCAGCUGAUGAAGCAGAAAGCGAGAAGGUAGGCCAAGUUUCAGACACAAUCUCUGCCCUUAGUAAGAUGAUCAUGGAAACAACAGGGUAUAAAAAUGAAGAUGAGCAGAAGGAGAUGGGAUUGAAAGAUCAAGAGAAACAGAUGCCAGAAGAGAGUGCAUUUAGAGAAACAGUUAUACAAGAUGCCUGCAAAGAAGAAUGUGAAGAUGUUAUGCUAAAACCAGAGGAACACCCCAUCAAAGAGGAGACAACUGAGAAAGAUGAGACAUCUUUUAUGGACACAGAAGAAACUGAGAACCCCACAGGACAAAAUGCAAAGCAUGUGGAUGGUUCAGAGAGUGAGCACCUUCUCAUGGUAGAGGGGGGCAAGUCACCAAAAACUGUAAAUAAUAAGGUGAAAGAUGGAGAAGAGACUCAAAGUUGUAUCAGAGUGGAAAGUCAAGAGGUGGUAAUGAAGGAAAUGGAGAAAGUCAAAAUUACAGGUCUUGACCCAGUGGUCCAGGUCACAGAGAAGCAAGAUGAAUUUCAGAAUGGACAAGCAUCAAGUCCAUUAAAGUCUGAAACAUGUGAGCCACCUUUAGUGACUGAGAUGGCAAGUGAACUUGAGACCACUAAAGAAGAAGAGAUAAAGAGCCACAUGAUUGCCAAAGAUAAGUAUUCUAAGCAGACUGAAACACCUGAAGUUAAGGAAGUAAGAGAUACAACAUUAAUAAAUGAAAACAUAAAAACUGAAGUUGAAGAAACAAUCAAAAUGGAUCAGGAGGAACCAAACAUGGAAACAAAUGGUGUGGAAAAUCUGGAGAAUAUGGCCUCUCAAUCAAAAGAAGAUAACGAGAAACAGGAAAAAAUGCAUUCUGAAACUAAAGAACACAAUGACAAUCAGGGCAAAUUAGAGUCUCCAACUAACAAUAUUAACGAAAAACUGAAAAACAUGACCUCUCCAUUAAAAGAAGAUAGUGAAAAACAGGAGAAAAUUGAGUCUUCUACUAAAGAAGAUAAUGAAAAAUUAGGAAAUAUGACACCUCCGAUUAAAGAAGAUAUUAAAAAAUGUGUAGAAAUGGAGCCUUCAACUGAAGAAGAUAAUGCAAAACAGGAAAAGAUAGAUUCUCCAACCAAAGAAGCUGAUUCUGACAGAAAAAAUGAUGAACAGGAAGGUAAACAGUUUGAACUUAAGGACUCAGAGAACAAGUACGACCAUUUUAAAUCUAAACUCAUCCCAGAAAUAAAACCUCAUAAGCAGAAGGAUGGAGAAUUCCAAGUUGUGCACAGCCCCACCUUGACAGGAUCCGAAGAUGCUCUGCAGACGCAGCAUUAUGGAGAGGAUUCUUCUUCAAGAGGCCCAAUGAAGAUUAAUGAGUAUCAAAAAGACAAGACAGAAGAGGAUGGAGGGAGUAUCAUCACAGAUAGGAAGCUUAAAGAGGGACUGUCCUUGGCUACAGUUUCUGAAGAAAUUACAGACGGUACACUUGAUUCUGGCUUAGAAAAUGGCAUUGACAGACAAAGUCCUCACCUCUCUGGGUGACACUGUAAAGUAUACUGAAGGGUCUAAAAUACCCAUGGAGGACAGCCACAACAAUUGACCAAAUACGCAAAUCUAAAACUCUCAUAAUAUUAGAAAAGAAAGCAACGAUGCAAUUUGAGCUAAGAUGCAUGUAGCUUGCUAGCCUUUCAAGACAUCAUGAAUGUAUGUAUUUUGGAAAAUGAAUUUGAUAAUACUGUACUGCAUGAAAAACUGUAAUCCAUUUAAAUGAUGGUAGGUCUUGGGCAAUGAAAAUCUCACCUGACAACAUACCACAAUACUUGUCUUGAAAUGAUUAGGAGUAUCCGUACCACCUAGUAACACAUUAAAAGAAACUGUACAUAAGUCUGAAAUGUGGAAAUGUCAUUAUUAAACA